AUGUCAGCACGACGCGCACCGGUGCGCUCACGCCGUGUCGACGAUGCCUUGUCCCAACUAGUCGACUCUCUAUUACCGCCUAUCCCCCCUUCCGCGCUCGGCGACGAUUUCUCCGGAGAUGAAGAGGAUGCUCUGGCCGCAGCCGAAGAGCAACGACUUCAGGAGCGCCUAGGCCGUGCAUGGCGUAUUCUGGAUGUUGUGGGUGCAGACAAAGAACAAGUCGGUAUCGAUGGCAAUUGGGGAUCUGCGGCAGAGAAUAUCAACAAUGCCUCUGAUCUGAUCAAACGAAAAUUAUUGCGAGAAAACGCCAGUCCGGAUAAGGCGGUGCGGUUUUCAAAUCUUUAUUCUCGAUUGUUGACGCAACCUGUGCUCGGGCAGAAGUGGGCUAUUCUCUAUUUGUUAUAUCGAUUGUCGGAACAAGAAGGUGACGAUAAUGUCGGCGAGGAAGAUACAAUGACAAAUGAAGGUGGCCGUAGUCGAAGUCCUCUGCUAGAUGAUGGAAAUCUAGAUAAUUUACUAUUCAAGUCAAGAGCCGGUAUGAGAGGAGCGCUAGUUGAUGAUGAUGAAGGUCCCGCUAUCAGUUCGUCUGUCUCACAGCGGGGAGAAGCCGUAGAUCGAAAGCGAUCAGCACGAGACUCUGCCAUCGAAAAGCAAAGACGCAGUCACCCAGCGACUACAGAAGAGGUUAGAGAGACCAGCUCAGGACGGCUCAGAGGAACAAGCACACCGAGAGAAGUUCCACAGGUUACUGCUUCGCAGACAGCAAAACAAGAAUCGAAACCCGUCAAAACCGCGGAAUCAUCUCUUCUCCGGGAUUUACCUUUUAUCCUUCAGGGUCUCUCGUCAACGAAUAUGGAGUUCUCUUCAUCCACAAUGUUGAAACUACCGACUAAUUUGCCGAUUCCGAUGAUAUCAUUGCUGCACACCUUAGCCGAACCAUGCCUACUGUAUAAAGAGUUAUCGGGCUUUGUUGAUAGCUCAGAAGGGGGGUUGGUGAGUCAAGCUUUGAGGGCAUCCAUUUUUAAUGAGCUUCGCUCUUAUUUAGGGCUAGUUUCUACUCUUGAAGGAGAAAUCAGAAGAGCCUUGACUGCAGCGGCUAGUGAUGAUCCUAAGGGCAUGGUCAAGGGUGCCGUGACCCUCAAACGCUGUGUGGUCUGGACGAGGGAUGCUACAAUGGCCUUACGAUUGAUGAGUAUAAUGGUAGAAGAAGCAAGAGAUAAAAGAGGUGGUCAGCUGAUAUCCCUGAUACAUGGCUACUCAUCGUCCCACGGAGACCCUUUCGUUGGUAGCUUUGCAGAGAAACUGCUGUCACACAUUACACGCCCAUUUUACGAUAUGCUCCGGCAGUGGAUUUACGACGGCGAACUUUCUGAUCCCUACAAAGAGUUUUUUGUCAUAGAAACAGAAUUUCGACCCAGCGCAGACCCGCGGCGCAUUGCAUCGAGCGUGUGGGAAGACAAGUACAAACUAGACGAAGAGAUGAUCCCGUCCUUUAUAACACAAGAUUUCGCCAAGAAAGUUUUCCUCAUUGGAAAGUCUCUAAACUUCAUUCGAUAUGGCUGCGGAGAUUCUGCUUGGGUGGAAGCCUACUCGAAAGAAACGUCUAAAGAGCUUCGAUACGGAGAUACCGCAAGACUAGAAAACUCCAUUGACGAAGCUUACAAGACGACAAUGGCGAGACUCAUUCAUCUGAUGGAUACCAAAUUCAAACUCUUUGAGCACCUUCGUGCUUUGAAGAAAUAUCUUUUACUUGGACAGGGUGACUUCAUCGCUUUGCUUAUGGAAUCGCUCGCGUCAAAUCUGGACCGGCCUGCCAAUUCGCAAUAUCGACAUACUUUGACUGCUCAGUUAGAACACGCUAUUCGAUCGUCAAACGCGCAGUUCGAUUCACCAGAUGUCUUGCGCCGGCUAGAUGCGCGUAUGCUGGAGCUCAGUCACGGUGAAAUUGGAUGGGACUGUUUCACACUUGAAUAUAAAAUCGAUGCCCCUGUAGAUGUAGUUAUUACUCCAUGGGGAUCGACACAAUAUCUCAAGGUGUUCAACUUCCUCUGGCGAGUGAAACGGGUUGAGUUCGCGUUGGAAAGUACAUGGCGAAGGUUCAUGACAGGAGCUCGCGGUGUUCUCGGCAGUGUGGAAGACAAAGUUGGAGCAGACUGGAAGCUCGCAAGAUGCGUAAUCGCCGAGAUGAUUCAUUUCGUGUGCCAGUUGCAGUAUUAUAUUCUCUUCGAAGUGAUUGAAGCCAGUUGGGAUCAAUUACAAGCGGCAAUCUCAAAACCUGGCUGCACUCUAGAUGAUCUGAUUGAGGCUCAUACUAAGUACCUCAAUUCCAUCACGCACAAGGGUCUUCUAGGCUCGUCAAGCGCGUCACGAAGCUCUUCGUCAUCUGCAAAACAGCCGGAAGAAAGCUUCCUUGUUCAGCUGCAUCAAAUCCUCAAGAUCAUGCUGAACUACAAGGACGCGGUUGACGGUCUAUAUUCAUUCUCUGUUGCAGAGUUCACACGCCGUCAAGAGCUGAACGCAAAGAUCGAAACCCGCACAGCACGUGGUCAAUGGGGUGUGACGGAGCAUGACUUCAACAACCCAUCUCCGUUCCUGUCAAAUCAAGAGAACGCGAAUUUAACAGCUGAUGAUCAUAUGCUUGCCUCAUUACAAACCCGUCUUCGUGACUUAUCCGCUGAUUUCCGCGCUCGACUUAACAUUCUACUCGGCGACCUGGCCUAUCAACCGGAUGUUGAUAUGCGCUUCUUGGGUGUGGUCAUGAAUUUUAAUGAUGUUUAUGAGCCCGUGAAAAAAGGUCGACGCGAAAAAGCAUCGGCACCUGCUGCAGGGGUUUCAUCGGCGACUCGAGAUAGGGAGAAGGACCGGAGAAGUCGUAGGAUUGUGGUCCCGUCAAGCAGCAGCGGUGCUGGUGGUGGUACAGAAACCAAAGAGCCGCAGGGAGAUGCGCAGUGA